CUUGCUAUUACUUAUGUGAAACUCCAUUUCAGAUGAGAAGUACUUCAGUUCGAGGAUGAUCAUGUGCAGAGAUAAAUCCAAAUUCUUCUCGAGAGAUCGAAUCAACGAUGGAUUUUGUGAUUGCACGGAUGGGACUGAUGAACCAGGAACCUCAGCUUGCCCCGAGGGUAAAUUUUACUGCAGAAAUGUGGGAGGAACACCUCUACUGUUGUUCUCUUCUCGAGUGAAUGAUCAUAUAUGUGACUGCUGCGAUGGAAGUGAUGAGUAUGAUGGCAAGAUCAUUUGCAUGAAUACGUGCUUCAAGGAUGAUGAUGUCACUCGUAAUACAAGAAAAAUUAUUAGUGAAGCUGAGACACAUAGUUUCAGUAAAUUGAAUGAUAAAAACACUCAUUUGGAAGAGUUAAUUCAGAAGUUUAGAGGGUUGAAGACUGUUGUUUUGCUGGAGGGGUUUCUUGUUGCUGUGAUGGCUUUCCUUUUCUUUUGUCGAUAUGCCAGAUCUAGGAGAAGAAGGCGCCAUUAAAGAAUGAUGGCCAUUGUAAGAAUUGUCUCAAAUCUAUGUGCAUGAAGAAUCUUAAUCGACCACAGUGAGCACAAUCGCGCUACGAGAUUUUGGAUGGAGGAUUGGAAGCAUAUUCGGAAAUGCAAUUUCAAUGUUUUGCUUUACCUUUUUAUAUUUAUUUUCAUUUGAAUAGAAACUAGUGGAUUUAAUGCACAAUUAAAUGUAAUCAAGGAUAGAAGAAUGAUUUGUUUCUUCUUAAUAUGUAUAAAUAUAAGUGUAGAUUGAUGAAAAAAAAAUUAAAUCAAAGAACAAAAGAAAUCAAUGAUACAAUUUGGACCCGGUUUCUACGUGGCCAAGCCCGCAUAUGUAGAAAUGCGGCCUUCUUAAUAAAUUUAUUUUUGAGAUGGAUUUUAA